AUGGCUGUUAAUGAAAUUCGGGCAUCAGCUAAAGAGUCAGGGAUGCAAUUUUGGGAAUACGUCGGUCAAGGUUAUAAACCAAAUGUAAAUGUUGUUUUACUUGAAGAUCUAGCAGCAGUUUUAGGUGUAUGUGUAGCUGCUUCAGCAAUGGGUCUUUCACUUUAUCUUCAAUCACCUAUUCCGGAUGCUAUUGGAUCAUUGAUUGUUGGCGCUAUUUUAGGUGGUGUUGCUUCAUUUAUUAUUUAUUCAAAUACAGCUGCACUUGUUGGCCGAUCAAUUCAUCCAAAUCAGAUUGAAGCGAUUAAUAGUGAUUUAGAAAAUGAUCGAAUGAUUCGUGCUUUAUACGAUAUUAAAGCAACUGAUAUGGGUUCACAAUCUGUUAUGUUUAAAGCUGAAGUUGAUAUUGAUGGACGAGAAAUAACUCGAUCCUAUUUGGAAAAAAUUGAUAUUCAAGUUAUUCUUGAAGAAAUACGAAAAAUUGAUUCAAUCGAAUUAGCUGAAGCAUUUCUUCUUAAACAUGGUGAAAAUAUUGUUGAUAGAGUUGGAGCUGAAAUCGAUCGUAUUGAAAGAAAUCUUCGAAAAAAACAUCCAUAUCUACGACAUGUUGACUUAGAAGUCCUUUAA